AUGAACGAGAACAAGUACAAGUAUAGGGUUGAGAUUCAGCAGAUGAUGUUUGUCUCUGGAGAGUCCAACGAUCCACCUAUAGAGACGACAUCGUUGAUAGAGGACAUUGUACGAGGUCAAGUGAUUGAGAUUCUCGUUCAGGCUACCAAGACUGCUGCGUUGCGUGGAACGAAAUCGAUUGCACCAGAAGAUGUGAUUUUCAUGAUAAGACACGAUAAGGCCAAGGUGAACCGAUUAAGAACGUAUUUGUCAUGGAAGGAUGUUCGUAAGAAUGCCAAAGACCAAGAAGGAGGUGGAACUGAAUCAUUGAUAGAAAACGAUGCUGCAGCCGGAGGUGCUGCUGGAGGAGGAGUUCCAGCUAAUGACUCCUCCAAGAUGUUGUCACGUUACAAGAAAUCAAAAAUCAGACUUCCGUGGGAACUCCAAUUCAUGUUUAGCGAACAACAUCUUGAAACAGCCGAGGAGGCAGAACAAGUAGAUGAUGAAGAAAAGGCUGCUACCAUAGCGUCGUUGAAAAGAUUGAAGAUGGCAGAUGAUAGAACUAAGAACAUGACCAAGGAAGAGUAUGUCCAUUGGUCCGAAUGUAGACAAGCUUCGUUUACGUUCAGAAAGGCGAAGAGAUUCAGAGAAUGGGCACUGAUGACUCAGUUAUGCGAUUCUAGACCCAAUGACGAUGUCAUCGAUAUUCUCGGUUUCUUGACUUUUGAAAUAGUCUGUUCUUUAACAGAAGAAGCGAUGCAAAUCAAGAACUCCGAGGAAAAACUCAACCAAAUCAAGUCCGAGAAAGAAAAGCGUCAGAAUCCAGGACAACAGACCCAAAAGAAGAGAAAGUACUUGUUUGACAAGCCUGACGAAUUAGCAAAUCCUGUGAUGCCAUACCACAUCGAAGAAGCCUGGAGAAGACUACAAUCUAUAGAUUUCAAACACAAGGCUGCUAGAAAUUUUGGUGGAGGUCUUGUCAAGACCAGAACUAGAUUGAUCUAA